AAAAGAGGUGGUUUCCUUUACCUUAGGCAGGCCGCAUCCUUAGCGAAGCUUCAAACCCCAUAGCCUUACGUUCUAGGAUGCACCCCUUUUCAACACAACCAACAACAAAAGCAACAAAGGCAACUGCCUUGCAUCUUGAGGACCCUAAUUAUUAUUAACAUUAUUAUUUGAAGGUUUUGUUUGUAACUAUAAACAAAGAAAAAGAAAGAGAAAUCGUUUCGUUGAGGGUAGGGUUUUAUUUGUGAAUGAUUUUAGGGGUGAAACGCAGCGGUAGCGGGGCCAUGGAUGGUAUGGCAAUGGCAGAGUCGACGUCCACGCCUCCUCUAACAUCCAUUGUUGAAGCCUUUGAGGAGUUGGGCAAGUUCCUCCAAUCCCAACAACAACAGAGGCUAAGUUUGGAUACCUUCUGCCAGGCCUCAUCUCUCGUCUCCAUCCUCUUCAGUUGCCUUGGCCUUGCUUUCAAGUUCGCCGAGAUGGAGUACGUCUCCAAGGUUGAUGAUCUUGUGGAAGCAUCAAAGACUUACGACACCUUAGAAAGUAUAAUUGAUUUUGAUGUUGCAAAUGACAUGGUAAAAACCCCGGGAAGCCACUCACGUAAUUUGCGCCGAGUUAGGCAGGGCCUUGACCUCAUCAGAGCUUUAUUUGAACAAUUUUUGUCAACCGAUGACUAUUCUUUAAGGGAAGCAGCUUCUACAGCUUAUGCCCAAGUUUGUGCGCCAUACCACAGUUGGACAAUCAGGACAGCAGUUGCCGCCGGCAUGUAUGCUCUUCCGUCAAGGGAUCAACUUCUGGUGAAUCUCGAAGAAACCCACCAGUCAGCAGAGAAGAAGAUGAAAAGGUACAUCCGGGCCUCACGUCCGGUGAUUGAGUACAUCGACAAGCUAUACCUUUCUAGGAGUAUCACCUUGGACUGGUGACUUGAGUCCUCAUCUAUUAUUGUAUAUGCAGCUCUAGUUCUUUAACAUCA